AUGAGUAACUCGAGUUACAGUACCCUGGAGGCGGCCGGGAUCGGGAAAGGAUUCAAGAGAGGAGACAAAGAAGAUCAAGUUGAAAAACAAGAACAAAAUUCAAUAUCCUUUCCCGAUCACAAAUUGAUCACUCAAUCGACAAUCCCUAUCAACACCUCGACUUCACAGGACAACUCGGAGACUCUCUCGGGAGUCCAAACCGUCCUCCACCUCACUCUCCCAAACGUCACCUAUUUUGGAAUGUCGGUGCCUCUUCCCGGACCACUUUCAACAAUUCGCCGGGAGGAAACGGAAAUCUCUCGAAAUAUCAUCAUUACAAAGGUGGCCUCACCAGUGCCCAAUUUCGACAAGACAAUCAGACAAAUUGGGGAACCGGUCACCGUCGAGAUAUCAAAUCUACACGCCAAUCACGCAUCGAAGAUUCACGCGGAAGCGCUCGAAGAGUCGGACUAUGAUCGACCGGGGACCUCAAUGACAGGCCAUUCGGAUUCGCAAACUCCUCCACCACCUCCAAUCCCUCCACAUCGAAUCCGAAUACCCACUUUGCUCUAUCCACUCGAGAAACACACAAAAAUCGUCGAAACUCGUGAGACACAAAAGAUUUACGAGGAAGAAACACCGGAAGAUCCAAGCAUCGUUCAAUCGGAGAUUCGAGAGAAACCAGGGCAACCAAUUUAUCGGAUUCCAGUUGAGAUUCGACAAGUUUCUAAGGGAAAUGAUGACCCGAUUGCCCCACCAAGAGCCAACAGAAGAUCAUCGGUUAAUGAAAGUUUUGAAAGAAACACCUUUGAGCGAUCGUCGAUAAGGCGUCGAUCGACACGAAGCAAUCAAUCAAAUCAUUCAAUUGACAAAGGUGAUUCGCCGAUUGAUGUUGUGAUGGAGGUAGCUCGUGAAGUGGCUGAACGACGCAAAACCUCGCGCAGCUCGAUGGGGAAACGAAAAGAAACACAUAAAGGGGAAAAGGAGUUAUUUGAAGAUGGGCAUAAAGUGAAAAGAUCAAGGAGUAGAAGUAGAGGGUGUUUUGAGGCAUGUUGUGUGACGACAAGUGAUGCAAAGACUCGAGUUCGGCCGAUCGAUCAUUUCCCACCAGAGCUCGAGAUGAUCGGUAAACGAGACGAUGAAGUGAUCGAAAUCGAAUUCUCUACUCAACUUCCCUUUACCGGGAAUACUUUCCGUUGUUCGACAGGGAAACAAAAGAAACAUAAAGAGAUCAAAGCGCACCCAUUGCAGUAUCAAUUCGAGACCGGCUUGGAGGAGAUUUCCACCGUUUCAAUUGGUGGCCAUCCGGCAGAGGGAUCGUUGAAAAGGAAAGACAACAAAGCCAGAAAAUAUUGGAAAUCAAGUGAAAAUCGAGUAAAAGAAGGGAAAAUCAAAGAAAAGAAGAAGAAAAAGGAUAAAGAAAAAGAGAGAUCCGUCGAUGUACAUGUCGAUUUGGUGUACGAGACAACGGGUUUCACCGAGAUCACCCUGAACCCGAUCGAUUCCCGAGUGAUCCCAAAGCCAAACGCUCCAGCCAUUUUGCACAUUCCCGGUUUGUUAGAUCUUCACAAAGAGGGUCUGGAGGCGUCAUUGACCGUCCCCACCGUGGGACAAGUGCUCGAAGAGGGCGAUCUUGAGUCAACCUCAUCGCCGGAAUCGUUGACUCGCACAAGAGAUGUUAUCGAUAGAAGAAUAGAGAAAAUUGCGGAUAGAGGAUUGGAGACAAGCAGAGAUAGUGAUGACACAGCUGCACAACUAUUCGCUCAUCAUCAAUUUGAGGGCGAUAUUGGCAAAGAGAUAGAGGAGAGGGCUAGAACGAGUGUGUCCGAUGUUCCACCAGUUGAGAUCACUGAUGAAAUGAUCGACAAGAUCUUUUCUGGGAUUAACGAUUCAACAGAUGAUUCCUCGAUGAGUCCUUUCUCGACUCUUCCCCGUUUACACGCUGAUCGUAGUGGUCAUUCGACGAUGAGUGUCGAUGCGAGAGUGAGGACACAGCCGGGUGCGAUCACGGUCGAGUUAAACUUUAAGCGACCAAUUGACGAUGAUCCCACAAUUCACGAGCCUUUUCAAAGAGAUCGAUCCGGAAGUAUGUUCGAGAAAUCAACAGAAAAGCCACCAAUGAAACCCCGUCGAUCAUUCAAGCAUGUCUUCCAAAAAGUCGACUUUCAGUUGGAAAAUGAUAAGAAUAGAGAAAUGUCUCAAUCACCACCACCAAAACCGAAACGAGGGAAAAUGAAGCAGGGAAAAGAAACGAAUAUUGCCUCAACUCCACCAAAAAAGGCACAACGACGAUCAUUCCGAGAUCUCUUCAAGAGCUUUACCAGAAGUGAUAGAGAACAUGAAGAGUCACGUGUCUCGACGGAUAGCAUGGUUCAAGGUUCGAUCACUGACUCGGGCACAAUGAUCAACAUAAAGCCAACAAUAAAGAAAAGAGAUUCUCAAAAAGAUGGCUUCCGAAGUCCGAUUGUUGAGGCUCGAAAAACAUACAAGAUAAUCGGUGUUUCGACAACAGAAAGAGAGGCGAUUCCCGUUGAGCAGAUCUCCCUUGUCGCAUCGAUCACCGCUCCACCGUUAAAGCAACAAACACGAGUUGAAGAGAUUGAAGAAGAGGAGUUCAAAUUGGCUGAGCUUGCCGGAGAGAUUCAGAACAAUGAUGAAAGAGGCGAUAUGAUGAUGGAAAGAAGAAGAGAGGAAUCAUUUUCUGAAUUCGACAUUGAACGGGUGACUAGCGGGAUUUGUGUGAUCACUGGUGAAUCACCACCUACAGGCACUCAAUGUGAAUGUGUUUCGUGUGUUGCCGUUCGUCAUUUCAUUGUUGACUUAAAGAAAGAGGAGAAAGGUUACGAGCAAGUGUUGGAGAUCUCUGAAAAGUUGAAGCAUUUUGGUGAAGAAAAAGAGAUAACGAAACGAUUUGAUGAGAUAAAAAUCGAGAAAACCGAAGCAGUGGACAUUGAUUUAAAUGAGAUUUUCACAAAUUCACAAGCAUCAACAAAGCAUCACGAUCCAGUCGAUGCUUUCCUUGAAAGGAGUCGAUCAGAGGCUAUUCAAAGAAAAACAUUUAGUCCAAUACAACGCUCGGCGACAGAGUUGAAGAAACCCGUUGAUCCAUCGUUCUUUGACUCGGUGAUUGAUAUGGACGAGAUUUUCCAUCCGAAACCGCAUAAAGUCGAUAACGAGAAGAGCAAAGAGAAUUUAAGACUAAACGAAAUUGAGAUUAAAGACGAGAAUGCUGAAGAGUAUGCUGCUGAGCUGAUUGAGAGGGUCUUCUCGCAAGUUGGCUUUCAUUGCACAAAAGACGAGGAAAACAAGGAAUGUGAAUGCACGGCGUGCCGAGAUUCAAAGCUUUCCGUUGAGGAGAUCAUCAAGAAACAGGAAGAGUUUGCGUCGAGACGCUCUCAAUCAUCCGUUACCUCGCCCCAGCCAAAGCAAACACCGAAAGCCACGCUGAACAUCGACUUGGACGAGGUUUUCUCCCCCACUCGAACCCCGGUCCUCUCACCGCAACCCAUCGAUCAACGCGAGAAGUUCUUGAGUGUCGACAAUGAUACUCGAAAGGGUGCUCUUUCGGUGGCUGAGACGAUUACUGAUGAAGUGUUUGAUGAGUUGGGACCGCCGACAAGGGGAGAGAGCAGGGUGGAUGAGGUGGAACCGAUCGGGGAUCAGCCCGAUCCCAACAAGAAUCCGUACUCUUUUGUUUGGGAUCUUGUCAAAGAAGAUGAUCCCAAAUUUCGGGAACGAUUGGCAAAGAUACGAGAACAGAAAAACUCCGAAUCACCAACCAACACUCAACAACCAUUCCGGCAAACCCAUUCAAGAAAUGAGAUAAUCUCGUUGAGGGAUUUGAUGAAAGAGGUGGAAGCCGAACAACUACAGCACGCUCAAAUGGACCUCGACUUCAUCGCGAACAUUGUCGAGAUCCGAAAAGAAACCGAGAGAUUGAUUGAGAAAACCGAUGAAAGGAUUAUGGCUGAAGAUUCGGAUGAACAGUCAUCAAAGGUUAUGCUUACCGUAGAGAAGUCAGAAAUCGAUUUGGAUGAGGUUUUUCGAUCUCCAAUUACCUCACCAGUGAGCCCUAGUCAAAUGUCGAUUCUGGAAAAGAUCGAGAAGUUCAACAAUCAGCCGGUAGUCGCUGAAAAGUCACCAAAGAUUGUGGCUGUUAAAACAAUGCCCCGGAAAUCUACCGUACCAUUAACUGAUCGAGUUUCGAUUGAUUUGGAUGUGAUUUUCCAAGAGAAAUCGCCUGAAGAAAUUACAACUGCUUCAUUGGAUUCUGGCUUUGAUUUCCAUGCAUUGAUCUCGAGUCCACAACUAGAAACGAUCAAAGAAGAUGAGGAAAGGAAAUUGGGCACAGAAACAAUUGCUUCAUCUGAUGCUGGCUAUGAUUUCCAUGCGAUGAUCUCAAGUCCACAACCGGAGAAAAUAAAAGAUCACAAAGUGAUGAUGGAAAGUGACUCGACCAUCGUACCAGUUACACUAAUUCCAACUACUCAAGAAGCACCAAAGCACACCGAGUCUACCAGCACUUACGAUUUUCAUUCAUUGGUUUCUUCACCCGUUUUCAAUCAAUCAGACAAAGAAAUUGAUGUAGAGAAUGUUGAAAGAAUGACAACCACGACAUGGUCUGAUGCUAGACAAGAAAUGCAUGAGAUUUCGAAUCAAACGAAGAGAAAAUCUGUUGAAGUUGAGAAAGCGAAUGAUGGAUUUGAUUUUCAUACUUUGAUCUCAAGUUCGACACCAAAAUCGGUCAAAGAACAGAGUCACGUGGAAGUUGCUGAGACUUUCACUAGAACCACUUGGUCCGACGAGAAGCAACAAGUAAAUGAGAUUCCAACUCAGCGAUCUGAAAGCUACGAUUUUCACUCAUUGGUCUCGAGUCCGAUUCCAACAAUUGUGAGAGAAGAAGUUCAUAGAGUUGAGACAAUAACACAAAGCUCAUGGUCUGAUGCGAGACAAGAGGUGCAUGAGAUUCCGACUCCAACUCCAAGAAAGCCCGUUGAAGUUGAGGACGGAUUUGAUUUCCAUGCUUUGAUCUCAAGUCCUCAUCCAAAACCUGUCAAAGAACCGGAACAGAUUCAUGUUGAAAUCGUUGAAACCUUUACAAAGACAACUUGGUCUGACGAGAAACAGGAAUCACAUGAGAUACCAACAAAGAGAUCCGAUACUGAUCACAUUUCAAAGAGUGAUCAUGGCUUUGAUUUUCAUGCUUUAAUCUCAACUCCGAUACCAGAAUCAAGUAAAGAACCGGAACAAACACAUAGAGAGAUCACUGAGACGAUCACAAGAACAACAGACGUAAAACAAGAGACGCAUCAGAUACAAACUCCAACAAAGAGAAAGUCUGUUGAUGUUGAGCCGGUCACUAAACCAGAGGAAAGCUUCGAUUUCCAAGCAUUGAUCUCGAGUCCUCAUCUAGCACCUAAACCCAAACAGAUUCAAGCUGAUAUUGCUGAAACCGUGACAAGUACGACUACUGAAGGUGUUGAUGAAAACACACUUGCACCUGGUGAAAGAAAAAGUCUCGACUUGGAUUUAGUCUUCAACUCGCCGAUCCCACUUCUACAGGAGACAAGGCCGAACAUUUUGGAUAAGCUUGCCAACACGUUGGAACGACCCGUUUCACGACCAUCCACGAGAACGCAAGUCACUCCAGAGCCAAGGGCAAGAUCGGUGGCCAGCCUUCCACCCAGUGAAAUCUCAUUGGAUGAGAUCUUCAGCCGACCAUCAACAAGUGCUGAAAGUGAAAAGAUUAUUCUAAGAAGUAAAAAGAUUUCAAUGACAAGAGAACCGAUCGAAUUAGACUAUGGAGGUUCAAUGAAAGGAAAGGAGGCUGCAAGGGAGAGUUUGGAUUUGGAUUUAGUCUUCAACUCACCCACCCCACUCCUACAAGAGACAAGACCGGAUAUUCUGGAAAAGUUUAAUCGCCCAAUCGAACGAUCGAUUUCCCGUCCUGUGACAAGAACAAUGUUUUCCCCGGAACCACCAAGAGCCAGAUCCGUAGCCAGUCUUCCACCAAGUGACAUCAAUUUGGACGAGAUUUUUAACCCAAAAAAACAAAGUGUUUUACAAGAAACCGCUUCAAGCACAAGUCAAGACAUUCCACAGGUGAUCACUGAAUCGAUGAUCGUCGAUGGGGACACAUUACCUUUUGGUGAGCCACAAAAUGGAGAAUUAACGAAAAUCGCUGAACUGCGCAUCGCAAUUUCACCAGAUUUUCACGAGAUUCAAGAGCUUGAGCAGCAAAAAACAGAAAUCGAUUUUGAUCAAAUCUUUGCCGGGAUUCGUACUGCGGGACAAGACGAAAGGGUAGACGAGAAGAUAGACGAGAAGAUAGACGAGAAGAUAGACGAGAAGAUAGACGAGGAGAUAGACGAGAAGAUAGACGAAAAGUAUACACUAAAAAGAAGCUCUGUUACCGUAUUCACCACUCCAAGCUGGGGAAAAAGCAUUGAAGAGCGAAAGAGUACGGUCGAGAAUCCAUCCAAUAUCGAUUUCGAUGAGAUUUUCAAUGAGAAAAAGACAAUUUUUGAUGAAACUACGGUAAAUGAGACGACAAAAACAUUCGCUGUUUACACGCGAAUAAAAGAUGAUUCGAGCAAUGAGCAUUUGAUUGAAUCAAAGCAAUAUUUUGUGGAAGAUGUGCAUCGAAUUCCGGCUGAUGAUGUCAUUCUGAGGAAACAAUCGUUUAAUCUCCCACGGAUUAGUGAAGAAAAAGAAAGCUUCUCAUCCCUUACCACAUCGACCACAUUUUGGCAUCAUCCGAUAGAGAUUUCUCCGAAGAAACAAACAAAUGAGGAAACAUUCACCUCACAUCUCACAAAGGAAAGUCCAAUGAUUGAAUCAGUGAUCAGUUAUGGAUCGCCAACUAGCCUUUCACAUUUCAUUCAUCAACCCGUUGACGAGACACCGAUUUAUCGAGAGAUUCAAUCGAACGAUCAACCAAAUCGAGUAACAUCAUCAGCGUCAGUGUACUUGAAUGAAAGACAAGGAAAACAAGAAGAAGAACAACAACAACAACAAGAAGAACAACGAGAAGUCAUUGAUAUCAUUAAACUCGUUUUCUCACCGAGUCCAUUGCAACAAGAACAACGAGAACAACAAGAACAACAAGUACAACGAGAACAGCAAGAACAACGAGAACAGCAAGAACAACGAGAACAACAAGUACAACAGAGUCUUAAACAAUCGCCGAUCACUCCGAUCCCGCAUCACCAACCUGAUAAAGCAUCCACAUCGACAGGGAACUUUUCUCCAGUGCCAAGUCCUCGAGUGAGCGAAAAGAGAGGCUCAUUGACAGCGGCUGAGUUAGUUCAACAGCUGGCGACAGCGAUGAGUGGGCAAAAAAUCGAGGUUAUCAACGAGAUUCGUCCCAGUGAUAAUGAACUCUUAGAGGUUGAAGUGGAUGAUAGCUAUUUUAUUGUAAAAGGCUCCUAUUCAUUAGCGAUUCUACGAACGGAUCCCCUCGGUCAAUUGCUCACCUCAUUACAGACUCAUUCGCACGGUGGGAAAUGCUCGUUCUCAGACAUGGCUCAACUCGAUUUCUCGCUAGCGCCCAAGCUACGCAAAUUACUCUACUCGUGUCUAAAAGAAAAGAAGCACCGUGAAACCUAUCCCACUCUUUCUACAAGAGCUCAACACUUGGUGACCAACUUCGAUCAAUCAUCGAUAAUCUAUCAGCGGAUGUUCGAGAAUCAUUAUGAUGUUGAGAGGAAUCCAAAGGGUAAUGUCAACUUGUGCACGGCUGAGAACAACGUUUGCGAGGAUUUGAUUCGUGAGAAGUGCAUCGAUUGUAUGAAAGUCAAGGAGCUACCCACUGGAUCCAUCGAUCUCAAUCAUCUUGUGCAUUAUGGACCAGCCGGCGGGUAUUUAAGUGUCAAACAAGCUCUGUUACGAUAUUUUCUUCGUUUCAUGGACGCUCAACAGAUCACCGCCAACGAUAUUUUGUUGGCACCUGGGUCAAAUUGCGCUCACGAUAUGGUCACCUUUGCCACAAUGCAACCUGAUGAGCUUUUAAUUGCGAAUACACCAAUCUACACCCGUAUUUACAACAACGUUGAGGAGAGAGCCGAGUGUCGACUCGUUACAGUGCCAUUUAAAGACAUCACGAAUCCAAGUUUCGAUAUCGAAGCUCUCGGCCGAGCCAUUGCUACCUAUUCAGAGGAGGGCGAAGCGGUGCGCGGAGUGGUGAUCGUGAAUCCGCACAACCCACUCGGCAUCACGUUCCCCGAAGAGCAAAUGAUCGAAUUGUGCGAGUGGGCGAAUGGGAAGGGACUAUUUGUAAUCGUCGACGAGGUGUUCUCCGGGACAAUCUACGGGCCAAGAAAUGGUUUCCGACCAUUUCUCUCGUAUCGCCACAAGUUGACGAAUCCAAAUAAAACGGCAUGGAUCUGGAGUCCCAGUAAAGAUUUCGGUCUUCCGGGAAUCCGUUUGGCGUCGAUCGUGUGCACAGAUUCGGCGAUAGCUCGUACUCUCAUCAGAAUGGAGGUCCUUCAACCGUGUUCGGCGCUCGCCCAGGAUUUCACCACCCGUCUGCUAGAGGAUCCUAGCUGGAUCUCAUGGUUUCACGGAGAGAAGCUUGCCCGUUUGCGUGUUCAUCGUUCUUCUAUCGUUCAAACCCUAGCCCAUCUGCACAUUCCGUUUGUUGACGCGGUCGCCGGGGUGGCGUUGUUCUGUGAUUUCAGUCGAUUCCUACCCAAUCCAUACAAAGACGAGGAUGCGUUAAUCGAUGCUUUGGUCGAGCGUGGGGUUUUCAUCACUCCCGGAAAAGUGAUGGGCGAGCAGCGGCCGGGUUGGAUGAGACUCGUGUUCGCUUGUCAAAAGGACGAGUUGUACGAGGGUCUAAAACGUCUUGUCUCAAUUCUCGGCUCGGAUCCCACAUUCCAACCACGGGAAAUCAUCUAUGAAACAACAGGAAUUUCAGAAGGUGAUCAUCACGGUCGCGAAACCCGGCUC